GAAAAAAUAAGUUUUCUCCUCAUUCUCUUUUCUUAUAAAUGUCAAGUUUCAGGCUAACAUUGAUAGCUAGUGUUGUUUAGUUUGUCAAGCUCAUAAACUAUGGACAACAAUUCUUCUGAAUCUUCGUUAUCAAAAAGAGACAGCAAAACUAUGGAGACACACACAAGAAACCAGAUGAAAAACCUCUAUUUCCAACUCAACUCCCUUAUUUCUCAGGAUGCCUCCUCUACAAGGUUUAUGCAGCCAAUACCAGAUCAAAUAGAUGAAGCAACAAAUUAUAUCAAGCAGCUGCAAGAGAAUGUGGAAAACUUGAGGCAAAGGAGGGAUAGCUUGCUGCUAGGAGUAGUUGAAGGAUCACAAGAUGAUAAUAGUAGCAGUACUAGAGCAAGUUACCCCUCAAAUUCACCCGUUCGAAUUGAGGUAACUGAAAAUGGGAGAGCCAUGGAGGUGACUUUGAUUACUAGGUUGGAGAGCCAGUCUAAAUUUACGGAUGUAAUGCACAUUUUUCAUGAGGAAAAUGUAGAAGUUGUAAAGGCUAGUUAUUCGGUUCACGAAAACACUGUCUUUCACACCAUCCAUGCAAAGAUGGAUGAAGCUGCGACAAGUGAUGAUUUUGCAAGGAUUACUGAGAAUUUAAAGAAAUUUGACCCAUGAAUGUUGGGUUUGGACAUCUUUCAGUGUUAGAUGCUUAGAAAUUCACAAGCUUUUCUAUCAAUCUCUUACAGUUUAAUGCAUGAUUUGCUUAUGUUUCAUACUUUCAUAUCUUAUCAGAUGUCAACCUAUGAAAACAUCAUCUACUAGAGAUUGUCUUAUUGUUGUAUUUCAAAUUGAAAUUCAAUAUCAUCAAUCUUUGUCGGCUUAUAAAGCUGGAUGUAGUGCACUGUGCACAUUGUAAUGAUCGUCGUUUCUACG